GCAUUAUUAGUGACGCUUAUGUCACUUUGCUAGGCACAUUUUGACUUGACAUCAUCACCUAAUCUUGACACUAUGCUCAUGUGAGUCAACUGUUAGUUCAGUAUUUUAAGUUAACGGAAAAAAUUUUGAAAUAUUUUAUCUUCUGUGUUGUUAUGGAUAAAACUUGGUUUUGUUUAUUUCUCAUUAAAUUGUGUUUGCUUUUAAAUUGUUAUGUUUCACAAGCAGUUCAAGAUAAAUCAACAAUAAACCAUCCAGUGGUCAGUGAAACAAAUAAAUUUGACUCAAAUGUAAUUACUAAAGCUGAUAAAAAUAAAGAGCUAUCUUCAUCACAACCUUCAUCUUAUUCUGGUUCUCCGCCGGUUCACGUUGUUGAAAAUAAUAAUCGGAAACGAGAUGUUUAUAACCAACAAGCUCGCCCGUUCCCAACAAAUCAAGAGUACCAUUAUCGCUUAGCUGGUGAUUCUCAUCAAAUUGAGAAACGAGCUUCUUUAAUUCCUGGAUUAAAUUUUGAAGGGAAGGUAGGAAUUGGUGGCGACGGUGGUUAUAAUGCGAAUUCAGGUGAUAACGGAGGUAGUAAUGGUGGUGCCAGUAAUCUCGUUUCUGAAUUAGGAUCACUGGUUGGUCAAGGUGCAAGCAAUGGCGGUGGUUUAAUCAAAAAUUUGGCUAACGGCCUGUUAGGUGGCGGACUUGGCAGUAUUGGUAAAUUGCUUGGUCGUGGAUCUGGCCUUAGUAACUCUGGAGGUGAAGAUUCAUUCAGCAGCAGAAAUAGUUUUAACAGUGGGGGAAGUUUUAACGGUGGAAACAGUUUUGGAAAUGACGAAAAUUAUGGUUUCAAUAGUGAAAGACAGUUUGGUGGAUCAAAUCAAGGAUCGUUUCAAGGAAAUAACGGUUAUGGAGCAAAUGGUGGCAUGUCUGGUAACAAUGGUUUUAAUGGUGGUAACGGUUUUGGAAACAAUGGACUUAAUGGGGGUAAAGGAAUUACUAGGGGUGGGAACUUCGGUAUGAACGGAGGCUUCAAUGGGCAAGGGGGAAUGAAUGGACAGAAUGGUUAUCAGGGACAAGGUAUGGGUGGAAACAAUGGCUUCACGGGGCAAGGUGGAAUGAACGGUCAAGGAAGUUAUUACGAACAUGGUAUGAGUGAACAUAAUGGUUAUCAUAAUCAGAAUGGAAUGACUGGACAAGGAGGCUUCAACGGACAAGGUGGAAUGAAUGGACAGAAUGGAUACCAAGGACAAGGUGGUAUGAAUGGAAAUGGUGGUUUCACUGGACAAGGAGGCUAUUACGGUCAAAGUGGCAUGGGAGGACAAGGUGGCUUCAAUGGACAAAGUGGUUACAAUGGACAAGGAAGUUACAAUGGACAGGGUGGAAUGAAUGGAAAUGGUGGAUUUGGAGGCAACGGUGGUGGAAGUGGACUAUUUGGCGGAGGAAGUAAUGGUGGAGGGGGAUUGUUUGGUGGAGGAAAUGGCGGUGGAAGCAGUGGUGGAUUAUUUGGUGGUGGAAGUAAUAGUGGUGGUGGAUUGUUUGGAGGUGGUGGCAGUAACGGUGGAGGAGGUGGACUUUUCGGCAGCAAAGGACUGUUUGGAAGAGGCAGUGGAAGUAAUGUAGGAGGCAAAGGUUUAGUAGGUUUUGGUGUUGGGGGUAAAUUAGGCCUUGGUGGUGCUGGCGUUGGUGUUAAUGCUAAUGUUGGCCCAAUGGGAGUUGCAGCUGAUCUUGAUGCUGGUCUUCAUGGAAUCAAUGCUGGACUUAAUUUCUCUGGCUAGUUAUCCAUCGCCUUAAAUUCACUUCAAUUCGGAAAAAUUAAAAUAUUCUUGAUAAACUGAUAUUUCUGUUAGAUGUACUUAAAGUGCAUUAUUUUAAAAGGGUUAUGUAAAAUAUUAUUUAUCAUCUAUUAUAACUUGAGAAUAGUUAAGUAUAAAAAUCAUUAAUCUCAUGGAAUCCUUUCUGUUUAUCUCCUUAUUCAAUGGAGUAAUCCAUAACUUGAUAAAAUUUUGAUGGUUUUAAACAAUCACAAUAAAAAUUACCAAGGAAGUCA